AUGCAUCCGGUUAAUAUUGCCUUAGUGUCCUCCUUGGCAAGCCUGUGUCUGGCAGUCCCACCAUCGUACCAGCAAGAAAAAGAACGACGCCUCAACAGCAGGCAGUCUGACCAGUCGGGGUGGAAUCCGCCGUCAGACCUGGCGAAACCUCUUAAGGAAGUCUGGGAUCAUUGUGAGAAGACCUACAAUGAUGGCGAUUUAUACGGUUUCAAGAAUUACGGUUGGGAUCAGAUCAUGGCCACAAAAGGCGUGAUCAACUACUGUGUUAGAUGGGACUCAGACGAGGCAGUUCCGGAAUCCCAGCGAGAGCAAAUCGCCAACGAGGUCAACACUGCGUACCAGCAAUGGUUCAAGUGGGUCUACAGCUGGGACAACUUCCCAUUCAACAAUAUCACCGUGAAGGUGGUUGGCUGGGCUGUGAAGGACAAAAGCCUCCUGCAGGGUUCGACCGACGGCCUCGACAUCUACACAGACGUCGACUCUGAGGGGAUCCCGCAGUGCGCCGAGUCGUGCGGCCGAUUCUUCCACAAAGAUGGAGAUUACAGCGGCUGCGCUUCGGGUGCUGAUCGGCAUUACGACCAGUCAAUAUGGCUCACACCAGGCCAUGAUGGCGGUUCUGGAGGCGACUGGGGCCAGCGAGUCGCGACGGAGCUUUUCAUGGAGGGCAUCAACGGUGGUGACAGCUUGCUGUACAUCCUGCACGAACAGGGCCACUCUUUCGGCCUCGAUGACUUCUAUGACUGGACUCCAAGCACUCGUGGUGACGAUUUCAUCAUGAGCAAGGGCUUUGUGGCAAAAAUUACCGAUUUCGAUGGCUGGAUGCUCCGAAACUGGUGGUACGAGCUGUCUCGCCACCGAGGAUGGCAGAAGUCUUCGUAG